UCCAGAGGCUGUCUUGAGCUUUAUCUGAUUCAGGGGCCUGAUAGGUGAACAGAUGAGAUGCUGACAAAGUCUCCGGGUUACUCAGUAACCCUGCCCUCUUUAAAAGGCCCACCUUUCUGGCAGCCAAGGCUAGCUAGCUGUUCUCCUUCAGGCACCUGCUGCCAUGAAUUUCUUCCUGCUCUGCGGGCUGUGCCUCCUGGGAUCCUGGGUUGCUGUGACAGAGGGGGUCACCGUGCAGGAUGGACAGCUGUCCUUUCCUCUGGAGGCCGUGAAGAAGCUCAGAGACCUGCCGCCGGUCCCGCAGGCCCGGCUUGUGAGCCUGCGCCAGAAGCUCGCACCCCGGCUUCGUGAAUCUACAGUUUCCAAGGUCUGUAGAAAUCCAAACUUUCCAGAAGAACUCAAACCUGUCUGCAAGGAGCCCAACGCGGACCAGAUUCUCCAGCGGCUAGAGGCCAUCGCUGAGGAUGUGGGCACGUGUGAGAUCUGUGCCUACGCUGCCUGUACCGGAUGCUAAGGUGCUGUUGCCCACUGCCUUCCUUCCUGACCCCCCAGGCAAGUCCUUCUCGGCCAGAGAGGCCUACCAUGUGACACUCUCAGCCACAGGAUUUCAACUGUCCCCGGCCCAGCUUAUGGGGGUGAGGUGGGUAACCUCAGAGCUGACUGAGAUCCACGUUCAACUCUGAGCUAAUAAACCAGAUUCCAGAGUA